GAGAUUUAAUUUAGUUGAUUUUCUGUGGUUGUUGGUUGUUCGCUAGUCUCACGGUGAUGGAAGCUGCACAUUUUUUCGAAGGGACGGAGAAACUGCUGGAGGUCUGGUUUUCCAGACAGCAGUCCGACGCAAGCCAGGGAUCUGGGGAUCUUCGUACCAUCCCAAGAUCUGAGUGGGAUGUCCUUUUGAAGGAUGUGCAGUGCUCAAUCAUAAGUGUGACAAAGACUGACAAGCAGGAAGCUUAUGUACUCAGUGAGAGUAGCAUGUUUGUCUCCAAGAGACGUUUCAUUUUGAAGACAUGUGGUACCACCCUCUUACUGAAAGCACUGGUUCCCCUGUUGAAGCUUGCUAGGGAUUACAGUGGGUUUGACUCAAUUCAAAGCUUCUUUUAUUCUCGUAAGAAUUUCAUGAAGCCUUCUCACCAAGGGUACCCACACCGGAAUUUCCAGGAAGAAAUCGAGUUUCUUAAUGCAAUUUUCCCAAAUGGAGCAGCAUAUUGUAUGGGACGCAUGAAUUCUGACUGCUGGUAUGUAGCGCGACUAAAUACCCUAAAUUCCCGAAGCUCGGAGCGUGUCGAGUCUCCACGUGGGACCCACUUAAUGAAGCCUGGCGUCGCCAUCUUGCUUUCUGGCCGGAAGCAGGACGCCGCUGCCCGUAUCAAAAAUGGCGUCCGCAGGGGGCGUGGCCAGUGA